AUGACACUACGUCCGGGAUUGCAGGCAAGUCCCCGGAUUACGAGCCCUACUCCAAGCAUACGGCCAAUUUCAAGAAAGAGAGUAAAUGUUACUGAAAGGCUGGGCCUUUUGAAUAAACUCGAUUCUGAUCCAGAUGAGACUGAUGAUGAGCAAUGUUCCAUCAACUAUAGACAAUACACACCUAUUGCAAAAAACGACCUUGGAUGGAGUGAGCUACUUCCUUAUUAUUUACCGUGCUUAUCAUGGAUAGGCAAGUACAAUUUUAGAUACUUUGUUGGAGACUUGAUUGGAGGAUUGACUCUUGUGUUUUUCCAAUUGCCUUUAUCCUUAUCCUAUGCAUCAACGUUAGCCCAUGUUCCAGUCAUCUCAGGUUUGUACUCAUUGGCACUCUCGCCCUUGAUCUAUUUAAUCUUUGGUAGCGUGCCGCAAAUGGUUGUUGGCCCCGAAGGACCUAUAUCGUUGAUUGUAGGACAAGCAGUAGAGCCUCUCCUCCACCAUGCAAAAAAGAAAAACUUGGAUCCAUUGGAAUAUGUAGCAACCAUCACUUUCAUUAGUGGUACAACCUUGUUAGGUUUUGGUUUGGGAAGAUUCGGGUUCUUGGAUAAUGUUUUAAGCCCCUCACUUCUCAAAGGGUUCAUCUCAGCCGUUGGGUUUGUUAUGAUACUCAAUUCGCUAAUUGUGGUUUUGGGACUUGAGGAAUUGAUGAAGAAAAUUUCAGACGAUCCAUCGGAAAUGGAUAUUCAUUCGCCCUUUGACAAGAUGGUGUUUUUAGUGAAAAAUAUUAACCAGUACAAUCAUUUGAGCUUGAAAAUCGGUGCAGUGGGUUUUGCGAUAAUUAUGGUGACCAGGUUUUUGAAAAAACGGUCCCGCAAUAAAACUCUAGUUUUCAUUCCAGAGAUUUUGUUGGUGGUUGGCGGUGCAACCAUUCUUUGCCAAUAUUAUCAAUGGGAUCUUCAAGGGAUCGAUGUGAUUGGGAAAAUCAAGGACAGCGGGAAUUUUACUAUGUACAAUCCUAUAGGUCUGUGGAAACUAGUGAAAAAAUUUGGCACGUCCGGUUUUCUUUGUGCUGUAUUGGGCUUUUUUGAAUCAACUACUGCUUCAAAAUCACUUGGCUCUAGUUUUGACUUGCCAAUCUCUUCAAAUCGAGAACUUGUUGCACUUGGAAGUAUCAACAUAAUUGGAUCUAUAUUUGGCGCAUUACCGGCUUUUGGAGGAUACGGCAGAAGCAAGAUUAAUGCAAUAUCCGCCAAAACAACAAUGUCCGGGGCAAUUAUGGGUGCAAUGACAUUGUUUACAAUCCUGUUUUUGCUAAGAUUCCUAUUCUAUGUUCCCAUGUGCAUGUUGAGCGUGGUCAUAGCUGUUAUUGGAAUUCUGUUAAUUGAGGAGGCUCCAUAUGAGGUGGCUUUCCACUGGAGAACCGGUGGAUAUGACGAAUUAAUAACUUUCACAGUAACGGUUUUAACAACACUAUUUUUCUCAAUCGAAGUUGGUAUUGCUAUGGGGUUGGUUUACCUGUUGAUCAGAGUAAUCAAAAACUCCGCAGAUUCAAGAAUCCAAAUUCUCGGGCGAAUCCCCAAUUCAAACAUGUUUGUCAAUGCAGAUAUCCCCAUGCGUCCUAGAAUCGGUUCGCAAGUGAAUAUAUUCAAUGACUUGAGACAAAUGCAAUUGAACAGUGAGGUAAUUGAAGAAGUUGAGGGCUGCUUAAUCAUCAAAAUUCCUGAACCUCUCAGUUUUACUAAUUGCAGUGAUCUUGUUACAAGGUUGAAGAGGGUCGAAAUGUAUGGCUCGACAAAAGCACACCCGGCGCUGAAACGGAGCAGAGGCUUGGAAAUGACCAAAUAUGUCAUAUUUGAUUUGGCUAUGAUGAAUUCAGUAGACUCAUCUGCCGCGAAAACAUUAUAUGAAUUGUUAACAAACUAUAGAAGCCGUGGUACAGGGUUAUACUUUGUAAACGUUUCACUAAACGUGAGGAAAACUCUACAACAAGCUGGUAUUAGGAACUUACUCAUGGAUGAUCUAGUCGAUUUAAAGUAUUUCGACAUUCAAGACUUGGCCACGACUAGUGAAGAUGAAGUGAUUUGCAGGUGUAAAGACUUGAUAGACAAUGGCGAGCCCUAUUUUCAACACAUUCUGGACGUUUUAAAAUUGAUAGACUGCUAUGAGACAAUAUUAGGGGAAGUAUAG